AUGAAGAGAGAGUGCCACAAAUACAAGCGUUGGGUAGAGAAAAAGGGAAACAAAGAUAAGUCUGAAACUGUCCUAGACUUCGCAAACCAGAGGAAACCAAGUAGAGACCAAGACCAUCUGUUCGUAGGGAAUGGGAAGAGAGUACCAGUAAAAGCAAUAGGCUCAACUUCACUGAGUGUGUUGAGUGCAUAA